AUGUCGUCGCCCAACCCGACGCGCGUCUCCAACCUCGUCGCCCACCACACGGCAGAGAUCGAGCGCGUCUCGCCCACCUCCUCGCCGACCCAGGCUCGCGCUCAGCUCCCCGCCGCCGCCGACCAGCCCAAGCAGCCCAGCUCGCCCACCCCCAAGGGCAAGGACCUGCCCGUCGAGGGCGAGCUCACGGCCGCUGGUGACGACCCGGCCAAGGGCGACGAGGGCGCGGCGGCAGCAGCACCGCCGGCGAGCAGCACCGGCGAUGCGACCAACGGCGCACCGCUCCAGGACAUUGCCGAGGGCGCCGAGACCGACUCGGCAGCGGCAGCAGCGGCGGCGGCGGCAAAGAAGGGCGGCGACGGCGAGGCGGCACCUUCGCCGGCCAAGGGCGACAACGACGACGGCGAGGGCGACGACGACAACGAGGCGGCAAAGGUGCCGUACGUCGCCGAGGAGAUUGAGGUCCCGCUCGGCAAGCUCAAGGAGGGCAUCGACGCCAUGGGCCCGACGCAGCAGGAGAUUGUGCGCACCAACUUGCAGCGGGCGGCCGACUACCCUAGCGACCUUCCCCUCAGCGCUUCUUGGACCCUCUUCUUCUCGGACACGUCCGGCGCGGCCAAGAGCAACUCGGCGGCGGCGACCAAGGAGGCGUACCACGAGGGCAUCAACCCCAUCUUCUCGGCCAAGACGGUGCCCGAGCUGUGCGGCCAGUACAAGGCGUUCAAGCAGGCGCCCAAGUCGAAGCGCGCAAAGGCGGGCGACCCGGAGACGCUCGGCCUCACGCGCCCGGGCAUGAACCUGCACUUCUUCCGCGCGGGUAUCAACCCCACAUGGGAGGACCCGUACAACGAGAAGGGCGGUCGCAUCACCAUCUCGCCCUCUGCCGCCCUCUUCGACAACAUCUACGAGCGCCUCGUCUUCCUCCUCGCCGGUGCCGCCCUCGAGCUCGGCACCUCGGACCUCCUCUCGACCGAGGGCCCCUCGCCCGGGUCCAAGCGGCCGCCCACGCCCGGCCCGCCGCAAGAGGGCCAGAUCAACGGCGUCGUCGCGAGCCGUCGCGCACGAGGCGACCGCAUCGAGAUCUGGCUCGGCGGCCGCGAGAAGAAGACGGCCGUGCCGAUCGAGUGGCUCGACCGCUUCAAGGAGGUGCUCGCCGUCGAGCUCGACAUGCCGGAGCUCAAGUCGAGCAAGUACAAGAAGCACUUUUAG